AUGCGGUUACUUUCGAUCUUCUCCUUUCUGCUAUUACUCGGCACCGUCUCUUCACUAAAUCUACUUUUAUUCCUCAUCGGGACGAACCAGUUUGAGCGCGGAACCUUCGAAUAUUUGGCCCAACAAUUGGCCUUGAGACACCAUAAUGUAAUUACCGUCAAGCCGAUAUUAAUCCCCGAAGAGCCACGAUUGGUGAAGCCGAAGCUUCAUUUGGUGCGGGAGAAGACGAUGAAGAACUUGUUGACCAAGAAACUCUACGAACCUCUUGAAAAAAUUGGUGACACCGUCCCGUGGAGCCAAAACUAUGAGCUCGAAAGGAUGGAGGAGCCCUAUUGGGUUGCGCAUAAUGCUUCUUGUGUAAAGAUGCUAAAUUCGAACCUUAUGGACCAACUCAAGAAAGACGAGCUCGAUGUCGUGAUCGCCUACGCUGGAAACCCGUGUCAACUGGCUUUGGCUCACGUUCUGGGCAAGCCAGUGAUUUAUUUUGAUCAGGAAGGACUCACCGAUGAAACGCUUGUUGCUGCCGGGGCCUCGCCAAGUCUGGACUACCCAUCUUCGCACUGCUCGUUUAGACCGACACCUUUCCUCGCCGUAAACCGGAUCUUCAAUGGUAUCUGUAUCCUGAAAGAGUACCUGGCCCAGUCGCGGAUCCCGUUUUUGGCGUCGAUUGUCUCAAGGAGAUAUAAGCACCUUGACCAUGAGAUCACGAAGAUGUUUGCUGAUGAUUAUGAGAUCAAGAAGAGGUUCAAGCCAUUCCCGGAUGUCAAUGAAUUAAAGGGCAAAUCAUCUCUAUUCUUUGCCAACACCGAUCGAUUAUUGGAGUACGAGCGACCACUUCCACCCCAUGUAAUUUCAGUCGGUGGAAUGCAUAUCGACCAUCCGAAGCCGUUGUUUGCGCCCUGGAACACCUCGAUCGAAUCCGCAGAAUCCGGUAUGAUCAUCGUUUCGAUGGGAACGCAGGCCAAUUCGGCGCAUAUGCCAGAAUAUCUGGCGAAAGCCCUCUUCGGUGCUCUGUCAAAGCUCAAGAAAUACCGUAUCUACUGGCGAGUGGGGCCAACUAUCAAAUUGGCCGGUGUCGAUGUCGAGAAGCCGCCCAGCCACAUCAACUUUACGGCUUACAUUCCGCAGAAUGAUUUGCUGGCGCACAAAUCCUGCAAACUCCUAAUCACCAACGGCGGUAUGCUAUCAGUCAUGGAAGCGGUGGCCCACGGUGUCCCGAUGGUCGGCAUCCCGCUCUACGGCCAGAAUAGGCAUAACAUGGGAAAAGUUGCGCACAGGGGCUUGGGCGUCGUCGUUGAAAAGCAGGACGUGACAGAAAGCACACUCUAUGCAGCCAUCAAGAAUGUGCUUGAUUACCCAAGCUUCAAAAACAAGGCAAAGUGGGCGUCGAAGGAGUUCAAGGCAAGGAAAAAUACUCCGUUUGAAGAGGUACUCCACUGGAUCGAAUUCAUCGCCCAACAACAGGGAAAUCCCUUGAAAUCGCCAGCCAGUCAUCCGCUUAUCCGACUAGCCAAGCAUUUAUGUUUGGAUCUGAUUUUGGCGAUGGUAUCUCCGGAGAAUGCUCAACAAAUCGUCUACUACCCCUCAAAAAUCCAUUCCAUCAAAAUCCAGCCCCUCGAAGGAUUCCAA